AUGUUGCAUAAGCUGAAAGAGGAUCUGAUGAGACUGCUGGAUGAGUUUACUGAUAUGCCCGUGGAGGGCUUUGGAGCUGCUCUGCUCAAGGGUUAUGGUUGGAGUGAAGGCAGAGGCAUAGGCUGCAAUGCAAAAGAGGAUGUGAAAGUGAGAAAGUAUAAAAGAUGGUCUGCAAAGGAAGGGAUUGGAUUUACUGCUGAAUUACCAAAUGAUACUAAAGUGCAUAAGGUUGAUGGUGGAGAAAAGAGUGAUAAGAAAAUGAAUGCCAAUGGAAAGGAGGAAAGAGGGGAAAAGGAAGGGAAAGGAUUGUAUGUGGGCAAGAACAUAAGGAUAGUUGGAGGUAGGGAAAUUGGAAUGAAAGGAAAGGUUGUGGAGGUGAAGAGCGGUGGGAAUAUGAUCAUUAGGCUUUCCAGUGAUGACAGGGAGGUAAUUGUCCAAGCAUCUGAUGUUGCAGAGUUGGAUUUUGUAGAAGAGGAGAAGUGUAUGAGGGAGUUGAAGAUUAAAGACAGCAAUAAAGAUUCAUCUAGUGUUAGACACCGUAGAGAAAGUAGAGAUGAAGUAUCGAGGGAUAGGGAAAUUAGGGAGGAAAGAUCAAGGGACAGGUGA